AUCUGUGGCCAGCAGCAGCAGCAGAGGUGGUGGGGAGGAGAGGAACGUCUGAUCCGCUUUUUUAUUUUUCCUCCCGUGGCUUCUUCACUGGGGCAGGGGAGAACAAAAGACGGACAACUGCAUGAUUAGAGGCGCCCGCUCUCCUUCAUCUCGACUGCAAGCCGGGCUAGCUUGAUGCUCAGUUCAGCCUGCUAGCCUUUGUGACAGGGCUGUCCAUGCAUCCAGGGAGCCCCUGAGCAACCCUGGGCUGGGAGAAGCCUCGGCUUUUUUUUUUUUUCUUGCCUUGACACUCUGCAGAAAUUACCCUCCAAGUGGGCACACAAGCAGCAGCAGCAUUGUCAGCUUCAUUGCGCACCCAGAAAGCGGAUUUCCAGUGAGGAGCAUCAUCAUCCUCGCCUGGGCACGGUUACACGUCGUCGCCUGUCUGCAACCUCCAGCUUGACAGGACCAAGAGGCGAUUGAUGACUAAUAAUCUUUCAAGAUAGAAUACAAUGUUGCGCACCACGGCCAACAUGUUGGCAGCAGGAUUGCUUUUCUUGGGAUUGUUGCACAGUUUGGAAGUAAUGACUCCGGCAAGGGCUAUUGAUGCCCCAAAGACCUGCAGCCCAAAGCAAUUUGUGUGUAAAGAUGGGGUGACGUGCAUCUCUAAGGGCUGGCGCUGUGAUCGGGAGAAGGACUGCCCAGACGGUUCUGACGAGGAGCCCGAUGUUUGUCCACACAGCACUGUGUCACGGUGCCCUCCCAAUGAAUACCAGUGUGGAGGAACGGAGGUCUGCAUCCACAUGAGCAAACUGUGCAACGGGGCUCCAGACUGUACUGACGGCUGGGAUGAGGGACCGCACUGCAGAGAGUAUAUGUCCAACUGCUCGCUCAUGGGUUGUCAGGAACACUGUGCGGUAACUCCAGGAGGGCCCGCUUGUUACUGUAAGAGCGGUUAUGAGAUCAGCCCCGAUGGAAAGACAUGUAAAGAUUUUGAUGAGUGCACUGUGUAUGGGACCUGCAGUCAGUCCUGUACCAACACUGAAGGCUCCUACACCUGCUCCUGUGUGGAGGGCUACUUGUCUCAGCCAGACAACCGUUCUUGCAAGGCCAAGAAUGUGCCAGUCGACCGUCUGCCUGUCCUGUUGAUUGCCAACUCCCAAAACAUCCAAGCCACCUCCCUGAGCGGCACCACAGUCCACAGCCUGCUGUCCACCAGCACUAAACAAACCACAGCCAUGGAUUUCCUGUAUGCUCAGGAGACUGUCUGCUGGAUCCACGUAGGAGACUCUCCUUCAUCCACACACCUGAAAUGUGCCAAGAUCCCCAAUCUGAAGAGCUUCACUGAGGAGAGAGUCAUCAACAUUUCCCUCAGCCUGCACCAUGUGGAGCAGAUGGCCAUCGACUGGCUCACCGGAAACUUCUACUUUGUGGAUGACGUGGACGACAGGAUCUUCGUGUGUGACAAGGAUGGGCAGACAUGUGUCACCCUCCUGGACCAGGAGCUGUACAACCCUAAAGGCAUCGCCCUGGACCCCACUAUGGGGAAGGUGUUCUUCACAGACUACGGUCAGAUCCCUAAGGUGGAGCGCUGCGACAUGGAUGGUCAGAACCGUACCAAGCUCGUGGACAGUAAGAUUGUGUUCCCCCACGGCAUCACGCUGGACCUCGUCAGCAGGCUCGUGUACUGGGCCGAUGCCUAUCUGGACUACAUCGAGGUGGUGGACUACGAAGGCAAGAACCGACACACCAUCAUCCAAGGCCUGCUGAUUGAGCACCUAUAUGGGCUGACUGUGUUUGAAAACUAUCUGUACGCCACCAACUCCGACAACGCUAACAUGCAGCCUAAGACUAGCGUGAUCAGGGUCAACCGCUUCAACAGCACAGACUACCAAGUGGUGACCAGGGUGGAUAAGGGAGGAGCUCUGCACGUCUACCACCAGAGACGUCAGCCUCCAGUGCGUAGCCAUGCAUGUGAGGUGGACCAGUUUGGGAAAGCUGGAGGCUGCUCUGACAUCUGUCUACUGGGAAACGGCCACAAGACCCGAACAUGCCGCUGUCGCUCUGGAUUCAGCCUGGGCAGCGAUGGCAAGUCCUGCAAAAAACCCGAGCAUGAGCUCUUCCUGGUCUAUGGUAAAGGUCGCCCAGGGGUCAUCAGGGGCAUGGACAUGAAUGCCAAGGUGCCAGAUGAGUACAUGAUCCCCAUUGAAAAUCUGAUGAACCCCAGAGCUCUGGACUUUCACGCUGAGAGCGAGUUCAUUUACUUUGCCGACGCCACCAGCUACAUCAUUGGACGACAGAAGAUUGAUGGAACAGAGAGGGAUACCAUUCUGAAAGAAGGAAUCCACACAGUCGAGGGCAUAGCUGUGGACUGGAUGGCUAACAACUUGUACUGGACAGAUGAUGGGCCCAAGAAAACCAUCAGCGUGGCUCGGCUGGAAAAGGCUUCACAGACCCGCAAAACCCUCAUUGAGGGGAAAAUGACUCACCCUCGAGCCAUUGUAGUGGAUCCUCUAAACGGGUGGAUGUACUGGACAGAUUGGGAGGAGGACCCUAAGGAGAGCAAGCGAGGCAAAAUUGAGCGGGCUUGGAUGGACGGCUCCAACAGGAACGUGUUCCUGACCAGCAAAACAGUGCUGUGGCCCAACGGCCUGAGUCUGGACAUCCCGCAGGGCAUCCUCUACUGGGUGGAUGCCUACUACGACCGCAUUGAGAUGGUUUACCUUAACAGCUCCGAACGCAAGACGGUGUACGAAGGUCAGGAACUGAACCACGCCUUUGGUCUGUGCCACUAUAAACACUUCUUGUUCUGGAACGAGUACCGUAGUGGCAGCAUUUACAAGCUGGACACCACCACUGGCACCGCCACUCUGUUGCGCAAUGAGCGACCGCCCAUAUUUGAAAUCCGAAUGUACGACGCUCAGCAGCAGCAAGGCUCUAAUGCGUGUCGUGUGUACAAUGGAGGCUGCAGCAGUCUGUGUCUGGCCAUACCAGGAGGCAGACAGUGUGCCUGUGCAGAAGACCAAAUACUAGACCCAAGUGACAACACCAGCUGCAAAGCCAACCCGUCUUACGUUCCCCCUCCCCAGUGCCAGCCUGGAGAGUUUGCUUGUAAGAACAACCGCUGCAUCCAGGAGCGCUGGAAGUGUGACGGAGACAAUGACUGUCUGGACAACAGUGAUGAAGCUCCUGAGCUGUGCCACCAGCACACUUGCCCCACAGACAGAUUUAAGUGCAAGAACAACCGUUGCAUCCCUCUGCGCUGGCUGUGUGACGGGGACAACGACUGUGGGAACGAUGAGGACGAAUCCAACACCACCUGCUCAGCUCGUACCUGCCCACCUAAUCAGUACUCAUGUGCUAGUGGCCGCUGCAUCCCUCUUUCGUGGACAUGUGACCUGGACGAUGACUGCGGUGAUCGGUCAGACGAACCUGCUUCCUGUGCCUACCCCACGUGUUUCCCCCUCACCCAGUUUACGUGCAACAACGGACGCUGCAUCAACAUUAACUGGCGCUGUGAUAAUGAAAAGGAUUGUGGGGACGGCUCUGAUGAGUUGAAUUGUCCAAACCUGACCGAUAACGACUGCGGGGAUAACAGUGAUGAGGCUGGCUGUAGUCACUCCUGCUCCAGCGCUCAGUUCAAAUGUAACAGCGGCCGCUGCAUCCCUGAUUACUGGACCUGUGAUGGAGAUAAUGACUGUGGGGACUACAGCGACGAGACCCACGCAAACUGCACCAAUCAGGCCACGCGUCCUCCCGGGGGUUGUCAUACAGACGAGUUUCAGUGUCGAAUGGACGGCCUGUGCAUCCCCUUGCGUUGGCGUUGUGACGGCGACACUGACUGCAUGGACCUGAGCGAUGAGAAGAACUGUGAGGGUGUCACGCACAUGUGUGAUCCAGCUGUUAAGUUUGGCUGCAGGGACUCUGCACGCUGUAUCAGCAAAGCCUGGGUGUGUGAUGGGGACAGUGACUGUGAGGACAACUCAGAUGAGGACAAUUGUGAGGCGCUGGUGUGUAAGCUCUCUCACCAUGUGUGCGCCAAUGACUCCACCAUCUGUCUGCCUUCAGAGAAACUUUGUGAUGGCAAAGAUGACUGCCCAGAUGGCUCUGAUGAGAAACUCUGUGAUCUGUGCUCGCUGGACAAUGGCGACUGCAGCCAUAACUGCACAGUGGCCCCUGGCGAGGGUGUGAUCUGUUCCUGUCCACUGGGCAUGGAGUUAGGGUCCGACAACAAGACCUGUCAGAUCCAGAGCUUCUGUGCCAAACACCUUAAGUGCAGUCAACGCUGUGAACAAGACAAGUUCAGUGUGAAAUGCUCGUGUUACGAGGGCUGGGAACUGGAGCCUGACAUGGAGAACUGCAAGAGCACAGAUCCUUUCAAACCCUUCAUCAUCUUCUCAAACCGCCAUGAGAUCCGCCGCAUUGAUCUGAACAAGGGAGAGUUCAGUGUGUUGGUACCAGGCCUAAGAAACACCAUCGCCCUUGACUUCCAUCUCAGCCAGAGCGCCCUCUAUUGGACUGACGUGGUGGAGGAUAAGAUCUAUCGUGGGAAGCUGUCCGAGAAUGGAGCUUUAACCAGCUUUGAUGUGGUGAUCCAAUAUGGGCUGGCUACCCCUGAGGGGCUGGCAGUGGACUGGAUUGCAGGAAACAUUUACUGGGUGGAAAGCAAUCUGGAUCAGAUAGAGGUAGCCAAGUUGGAUGGCACCAUGAGGACCACGCUGCUGGCUGGGGAGGUGGAGCACCCUCGAGCUAUUGCCCUGGACCCCCGGGAUGGGAUCCUCUUCUGGACAGACUGGGAUGCCAGUUUGCCAAGGAUUGAAGCUGCAUCAAUGAGUGGAGAAGGCAGGAAGACCAUCCAUAAGGAAACUGGGAAUGGUGGCUGGCCAAAUGGACUCACUGUGGAUUACCUAGAGCGCCGCAUCCUCUGGAUCGAUGCCAGAUCUGAUGCCAUUUAUUCAGCCAAGUAUGACGGCUCUGGGCUUAUCGAGGUUCUGAGGGGACACGAGUAUCUGUCACAUCCCUUUGCGGUCACAAUGUAUGGUGGAGAGGUUUACUGGACAGACUGGAGGACCAACACCCUGGCCAAGGCAAACAAGUGGACCGGGAGCAAUGUCACUGUAGUCCAGAGAACCAACACACAACCUUUUGACCUCCAAGUCUACCAUCCAUCCAGACAGCCUCAGGCUCCCAACCCGUGUGCAGCUAAGGAUGGAAAGGAGCCCUGCUCUCAUCUUUGUCUCAUCAACUACAAUCAGACAUUCUCGUGUGCCUGCCCUCACCUCAUGAAACUGGGCCCCGACAAACGCACUUGCUAUGAGUCUCGUCAGUUCCUGCUGUACGCCCGCCAGAUUGAGAUCAGAGGAGUGGACAUCGACAACCCAUACUACAACUACAUUAUCUCCUUCACUGUGCCUGACAUCGACAAUGUGACUGUGGUGGACUACGACGCUCUGGAGCACCGUAUUUACUGGUCAGACGUCCGCACCCAGACCAUCAAGAGAGCUUUCAUCAAUGGCACUGGUGUUGAGACCGUGGUCUCUGCUGAUCUGCCCAACGCCCACGGUCUAGCAGUGGACUGGGUGUCAAGAAACCUGUUCUGGACCAGCUAUGAUGCCAAUAAGAAACAGAUUAAUGUUGCCAGAUUGGAUGGCUCCUUCAAAAAUGCUGUCAUCCAGGGACUGGACAAACCACACUGCCUAGUGCUGCAUCCAAUACUAGGGAAACUCUACUGGACAGAUGGGGACAACAUCAGCAUGGCCAACACAGACGGCAGCAACCGCAGCGUCCUCUUCACCAACCAGAAAGGGCCUGUCGGUCUGUCCAUUGACUUUGACACAGAGCAGCUUUACUGGAUCAGCUCAGGAAACAGCACCAUCAGCCGCUGCAAACUGGACGGCACUGGACUGGAGGUGCUCGAAGGGGUCAAGGGCAAGCUGACCAAGGCCACUGCUCUGGCCAUCAUGGGAGACAAGUUGUGGUGGGCAGACCAGGGAACUGACCAGAUAGGAAUCUGUGACAAGAGCGACGGCGGCAACUGGAAAGUCCUGAGAAACAGCACAUCCCCCAUGAUGCACAUGAAAAUCUACAAUGAAACUGUGCAGAAAGGCACCAAUCUCUGCAGUAAUAACAAUGGAGACUGUUCCCAGCUGUGUCUCCCAACCUCCCAGACCACCAGAGCCUGUAUGUGCACAGCAGGAUACAGCCUGCGCAGAGGACAGCAGUCUUGUGAGGGUGUUGGCUCUUUCCUGCUGUACUCUGUGCAUGAGGGCAUACGUGGUAUUCCUUUGGACCCAUCAGACAAGUCUGAUGCCCUCGUACCAGUGUCAGGCACAUCCCUAGCUGUGGGCAUAGAUUUCCAUGCUGACAAUGACACUAUCUACUGGGUGGAUAUGGGCUUGAGCACCAUCAGCAGGGCCAAGAGAGACCAGACCUGGAGAGAGGAUGUGGUCACUAAUGGAAUCGGCAGAGUGGAAGGCAUCGCUGUCGACUGGAUAGCAGGAAACAUCUACUGGACAGACCAAGGCUUUGAUGUGAUUGAGGUGGCCAGAUUGAAUGGCUCCUUCCGCUAUGUGGUGAUCUCCCAGGGCCUGGACAAGCCUCGUGCCAUCACUGUCCACCCUGAGAAAGGCUACCUGUUCUGGACCGAGUGGGGCCAGUAUCCCCGUAUCGAGCGGUCUCGCCUGGAUGGCUCUCAGAGGGCUGUCCUGGUCAAUGUCAGUAUCAGCUGGCCCAAUGGUAUCUCCAUCGACUAUGAGGAGGGUCUGCUGUACUGGUGUGAUGCUAGGACGGACAAGAUUGAGCGCAUCAACCUUGAAACUGGAGAAAACAGGGAAGUGGUUCUGGCCAACAACAACAUGGACAUGUUCUCUGUGUCCGUGUUUGAGAGCUACAUCUACUGGAGUGACAGGACACAUGCUAACGGCUCCAUAAAGAGAGGUAGCAAGGACAAUGCCACAGACUCUGUGUCUCUGAGGACUGGCAUUGGAGUGCAGCUCAAAGACAUCAAGGUUUUCAACAGAGCCAGGCAGCAAGGAACCAAUGUGUGCAAAGACAAAAAUGGCGGCUGUCAGCAGCUUUGUCUUUACCGUGGCGACGGGCAGCGCACAUGCGCUUGUGCCCAUGGCAUGCUGGCCGAAGACGGCCGCAGCUGCCGUGACUAUGAUGGCUACCUGCUCUACUCAGAACGCACCAUACUCAAGAGUGUGCACCUGUCAGAUGAAAACAACCUAAAUGCACCCAUAAAACCCUUUGAAGACCCCGAGCACAUGAAGAAUGUCAUUGCGCUCACGUUUGAUUACAGAGGAGGUGGAGGAAAGGGAGCCAAUCGUAUCUUCUUCAGUGACAUCCACUUUGGCAACAUCCAGCAGAUCAGUGAUGAUGGAUCUGACCGCAAGACUGUAGUAGAGAAUGUGGGCUCAGUGGAGGGCUUGGCAUACCACAGGGGCUGGGAUAUGCUGUAUUGGACCAGCUACACAACCUCAACCAUCACCCGCCACACUGUGGAUCAGAGCCGCUGGGGGGCAGUUGACCGGCACACGGUGGUCACCAUGUCAGGGGAUGACCACCCCAGAGCCUUUGUCCUUGACGAGUGUCAGAGCCUCAUGUUCUGGACCAACUGGAAUGAGCAGUCUCCCAGUAUCAUGCGUGCCACACUGACUGGCGCCAAUGUCCUUGUGAUCAUUGGCACUGACAUCCGAACCCCUAACGGCCUGGCCAUAGACCACCGUGCUGAAAAACUUUAUUUUUCAGACGCCACACUGGACAAGAUAGAACGCUGCGAGUACGACGGCAGUCACCGUUAUGUGGUGUUGAAGAAUGAGCCGGUCCAUCCGUUUGGCCUGGCCGUGUACGGUGACUACAUCUUCUGGACAGACUGGGUGAGGAGGGCUGUGCUUCGCGCUGACAAAUACACAGGAGGAGACAUGAAGGUGCUGCGUGCUGACAUUCCUCAGCAGCCAAUGGGCAUCGUUGCGGUGGCCAACGACACCAAUAGCUGUGAGUUCUCUCUGUGCCGUGUUAACAACGGAGGAUGUCAGGAUCUGUGUCUGCUGACCUCUGAGGGAAGGGUCAACUGCAGUUGCCGUGGGGACAGGAAACUGUUGGAAGACAACACCUGCAUAGCCCUUAACACUACAUGUAACAACAUUGACGAGUUUGAGUGUGGGAAUGGAGACUGUAUUAACUACACGCUGACGUGUGAUGGCAUGGCCCACUGCAAGGACAAGUCUGACGAGAAACAGUCCUACUGUGCCAACCGUGUGUGUAAGAAGGGCUACAGACGGUGUGUGAAUGGCCGCUGUGUGGGUCAUAGCUCCUGGUGUAAUGGGCAGGAUGACUGUGGAGACAAUUCUGACGAACUCUUCUGUAACACCACACUGUGCUCAGCCGAUCAGUUCCAGUGCAGAGACGGAGGCUGCAUCUCCAACUCCAGCAAGUGUAACCAGAAAGUGGACUGUGAGGAUGCCAGUGAUGAGAUGAACUGCACUGCCACCGACUGUUCCAGUUACUUCCAUCUGGGAGUGAAGGGAGUGACAUUUCAGAAGUGCGAGUUCACCACACUCUGCUUUGCCCCUUCAUGGCAGUGUGAUGGAGCUAACGACUGUGGAGACUUCUCUGAUGAAAGAAAUUGCCCAGGGAGCGGGAAAACAAAGUGUCCAACGCCCUUCUUUGCCUGUCCUAGCGGACGUUGUAUCCCUAUGAGUUGGACUUGUGACAAGGAGAAUGACUGUGAGAACGGAGCAGACGAGGCUCACUGUGAUAAGUUUUGCUUAGCCACCCAGUUUGAGUGUGGGAACCACCGCUGUAUUUCCAACCGCUGGGUGUGCGACGGUGCCGAUGACUGUGGCGACAGCAGUGAUGAGGACAGCAAGUGCAAGGCCAAAACCUGCAGUCCCAAUGCGUUCCAGUGUCCUGGAUCACAUAGGUGUAUCCCUCAACACUGGAAGUGUGAUGGGGACAAAGACUGUCCUGAUGGUGCUGACGAGAGCGUCAAAGCUGGCUGUGUGUUCAACAAUACAUGCAGCAACAAUGAGUUCAUGUGCCAGAACCGACAGUGCAUCCCCAAGCACUUUGUGUGCGACCAUGACAACGACUGCAGCGAUGGCUCAGACGAGUCCCAGGAGUGCGAAUAUCCAACAUGUGGACCCAACGAGUUCCGCUGUGCCAACGGACGCUGCCUCAUCCAGAGUUCAUGGGAGUGUGAUGGAGACUUCGACUGUCAUGACCACUCAGACGAAGCACCCAAGAAUCCACGCUGCAAUGGCCCAGAGAAGAAAUGCAAUGACACUGCGUACGCCUGCAAUAACGGAAACUGUGUCAAUGAGACGUUGCUCUGUGACCAUAAGGACGACUGUGGUGACGGCUCGGAUGAGCUGAACUGCUUUAUUAACGAGUGCCUGAACAGCAAACUGAGUGGCUGCUCUCAGCUCUGUGAAGACCUGAAAAUAGGCUUCAAGUGUAGAUGCCACCCAGGCUUCCGUCUGAAAGAUGAUGGGAAGACUUGUGUUGACAUAGAUGAGUGCACAACCACCUAUCCCUGCACGCAGCGUUGCAUCAACACACACGGCAGCUUCCACUGUCUGUGUGUGGAGGGUUUCCAGCUUAGUCCUGAAAACCCCACCAUAUGCAAAUCCACGUCUGACGAGGAACCCUUCCUGAUCUUUGCCAACCGCUAUUACCUGAGGAAGCUCAACUUGGAUGGAUCCAACUACACACUGCUCAAACAGGGCUUGAACAAUGCUGUGGCUCUGGACUUUGACUACCGCCAGCAGAUGAUUUAUUGGACAGAUGUGACCACCCAGGGCAGCAUGAUCCGACGCAUGCACAUCAACGGCAGCGAUGUUCAGGUCCUUCAUCGUACAUCACUCAGCAACCCAGACGGUCUGGCAGUCGACUGGGUUGGAGGAAACCUGUAUUGGUGUGAUAAAGGACGGGACACUAUCGAGGUGUCAAAGCUGAACGGAGCGUACCGGACAGUUCUGGUCAACAACGGCUUGAGGGAACCACGUGCCGUGGCUGUGGACGUACGAUAUGGGUAUCUAUACUGGUCAGACUGGGGUGACAACCCCCACAUAGGGAGGAUUGGGAUGGAUGGCACCAACAGGAGCGUGAUCGUGCAGGAUAAGAUCACCUGGCCCAAUGGUCUCACACUAGACUUUGUUAAUGACCGCAUCUAUUGGGCUGAUGCUCGGGAGGACUACAUCGCAUUUGCCAGCCUGGAUGGAACCAGUAGACACACAGUACUGGCUCAGGAUAUCCCCCACAUCUUUGCUAUGACCCUGUUUGAGGAGUACAUCUACUGGACAGACUGGGAGACAAAGUCCAUCAACAGAGCUCAUAAGACUCUGGGAAUCAACAAGACCAUGCUGAUCAGCACCUUACACAGACCGAUGGACAUCCACAUUUACCACCCAUACCGCCAGCCUGAAGUUGCCGGCCACCCAUGCCAAAUCGACAAUGGAGGCUGCAGUAACCUGUGUUUGCUCUCACCUGGAGGGGGCUACAAGUGUGCUUGCCCCACUAACUUCUACCUAGCAGCUGACGGCAAACAGUGCUUGUCCAACUGCACUGCAAGUCAGUUUGUUUGCAAAAAUGACAAAUGCAUUCCCUUUUGGUGGAAGUGUGAUACCGAGGAUGACUGUGGGGACCGCUCGGAUGAGCCUGCAGACUGCCCUGAGUUUAAAUGCAGACCAGGCCAGUUCCAGUGUGGCACCGGCAUCUGCACCAACCCAGCCUACAUCUGCGAUGGAGACAAUGACUGCCAGGACAACUCCGAUGAGGCCAACUGCGACAUCCAUGUGUGCCUGCCCAGUCAGUUUAAAUGUACCCACCCCAGCCGCUGCAUCCCUGGCAUCUUCCGUUGCAAUGGACAGGACAACUGUGGAGAGGGAGAGGAUGAGAAAGACUGUCCGGAAGUGACAUGUGCCCCCAACCAGUUCCAGUGUGCCAUCACCAAGCGCUGUAUCCCACGGGUGUGGGUGUGUGACAGGGACAAUGACUGUGUGGACGGAUCCGAUGAGCCUGCCAACUGCACCCAAAUGACAUGUGGUGUAGAUGAGUUCCGCUGUAAGGACUCAGGGCGCUGCAUCCCGGCACGCUGGAAGUGUGACGGAGAGGACGACUGCGGAGACGCUUCAGAUGAACCCAAAGAAGAGUGCGAUGAGCGGACAUGCGAGCCAUACCAGUUCCGCUGUAAAAACAACCGCUGCGUACCUGGCCGCUGGCAGUGUGACUACGACAAUGACUGUGGUGACAACUCUGAUGAAGACAAGUGUGUGCCUCGUCAGUGUUCAGAGAGCGAGUUUGCCUGCACAAAUGGCCGUUGCAUUGCCGGGCGCUGGAAGUGUGAUGGGGACCAUGAUUGUGCUGAUGGUUCAGAUGAGAACGGCUGCGAUGUGAAGUGUGACAGUGAUCAGUUCCAGUGCAAAAAUGGCCACUGCAUCCCCAUCCGCUGGCGCUGUGAUGCUGAUGCGGACUGCAUGGAUGGCAGUGAUGAGGAGAAAUGUGACAGCGGUGUGAGUAGAUACUGCCCCCUGGAUGAGUUCCAGUGCAACAACACUCUCUGUAAACCCCUGGGCUGGAAGUGUGACGGGGAGGACGACUGUGGAGACAACUCUGAUGAGAACCCAGAGGAGUGUGUUAAAUUCCAGUGUCCACCUACAAGGCAGUUUCGCUGUCAUAACGACCGUGUGUGUCUGCCGUUAUCAAAACGCUGUAAUGGAGUCAACAACUGUGGGGACAACAGUGAUGAACUGAACUGCAUGCCUCCUUCCACACCAACAUGCCAGAAGGAUGAGUUCCAGUGCUCCAGUGGCCGUUGCAUCAGCUCUGUCCUGCGCUGCAACUACUUCAACGACUGUGAGGACUACGGUUCUGAUGAAAUCAACUGCAAUAAGAAAGACACAGCGCUGAACGACUGUCGCAGUAACCGGACAGUGUGUGGAGAUGGUGAUGAAGCUCACUGUGUGGUGAACGGCACCGACUCCUUCUGCUCCUGCAAACCCGGCUUCCAGCCCAAAGGACGUAACAGAUGUGAAGAUAAGAACGAGUGUACACAGUUUGGAGUGUGUUCCCACAUCUGCAACAACACUAAGGGUUCCUACAAGUGCAGCUGCCACAAGUAUUUCACCAGAAUCAAUGACACCUGCAAGGCUGAUGCUCCAAGACAAGUGCUCUACAUCGCUGAUGACAAUGAGAUCCGCAGCCUGGACCCUUCCAUGCCAAACUGGCGCUAUGAGCAGGUCUUCCAGGGUGAUGCCAAUGUGCGCAUUGACGCCAUGGACCUGCACGUCAAGACCAACCGCAUUUACUGGACAAACUGGCACACAGGGCGCAUUUCUUCCUAUGAUUUGCCCUCUUCCUCCUCCUCCCCUAAUAGCAACCGUAACCGACGGCAAAGUGACUCCAGGAUCACCAACCUGGAGAUCCCUGAUCUGAAGAUGCCCCGUGGCAUUGCUGUGGACUGGGUGGCAGGGAACUUGUACUGGACUGACUCUGGUAGAGAUGUCAUCGAAGUGGCCCAGAUAAGUGGAGGACGCCACCGCAAAACCCUCAUCUCCGGCAUGAUUGAUGAGCCCUAUGCCAUUGUGGUGGACCCCCAGAGAGGGAAAAUGUACUGGGCAGACUGGGGGAACCACCCUAAGAUUGAAACAGCUGCUAUGGACGGAACCAUGAGAGAGACGCUGGUAGAGGAAAACAUCCAGUGGCCAACUGGUCUGGCGGUGGACUACUUCAACGAGCGUCUGUACUGGGCCGAUGCUAAACUCUCCUUGAUCUGCAGUGUGAGACUGAAUGGCAGCGAUGCAGUUGUGGCUGCAAACAGCAUUAAGAACAAACUCCAUCACCCCUUCAGCAUCGACGUGUUUGAAGACUAUGUCUAUGGCGUCACCUACAUUAACAAUUAUGUCUUCCGGGUCAAUAAAUUUGGCAAAGGCCCUAUUGAGAACCUGACAACUGGAAUGAACCACGCCACAGAUAUAGUUUUGUACCACCGCUACAAACAACCAGAGAUGACGAAUCCCUGCGACAGGAAGAAGUGUGAAUGGCUGUGUCUGCUGAGCCCCAGCGGACCAGUCUGCACCUGUCCCAAUGGACGCACGCUGGACAAUGGCACAUGUGUGGAGCUGCCCACUCCCACACUGUCUCCUAUCUCUCCUCCCAGUGGUCCCUGCCUGGUCCAGUGUAUGAACGGUGGCAGCUGUUUCUUGAAUGCCCACAAGCAGCCAAAGUGUCGCUGUCAGCCUAAUUAUGGAGGAGAUCGAUGUGAGAUUGACCAGUGCAGAGACUACUGCAAUAAUGGAGGCACAUGCACACCGUCCCCUACAGGUUCCCCUACUUGUCGAUGCCCGACAGGCUUUACAGGGCCAAACUGUAACCUGCACACAUGUAAGGAUUAUUGUAAGAAUGGAGGCAACUGUACAGUCAGCGCUGGAAACCAGCCGACCUGCCACUGUCCCCCUGACUUCCUUGGCGACCAGUGCCAGUAUAGAAGCUGUGAAGGCCACUGCCUGAAUAAAGGUACCUGUCUACAGAGUGAAAAUGGCUCCCAGCAAUGCCGCUGUCUGCCCCAGUACACUGGUAGCAAGUGUGAAAUUGACAAAUGUCACUACUGUCGUGAUGGCGAGUGUAUCCCCAGCAACAGUUUUUCUUCUACUGGGGACUUCACCUGCCGCUGCACAAAUGGCAGAGUCCAGCCCAGCUGUUACACGUGUGAUACGAAUGAGUACUGUGCAAAUGGCCAGUGCUCUAUAAACCCGAUCACUCGCCUUCCAGAGUGCAGAUGUUCACCAGGAUGGGCAGGCCAUCGCUGUGAGCUCGUGGCUAACAGUGACGGCAGCACAGGUUCAGGCGGACGCACAGCAUCCAUAGUGAUCCCUUUGCUGCUACUCUUGCUGCUGGUUCUGCUGGCUGGAGGAGCAUUGUUCUGGUACAGGAAAAGGAUGAGAGGGGCCAAGGGCUUCCAGCACCAAAGGAUGACCAAUGGGGCCAUGAAUGUUGAGAUUGGAAACCCCGCCUACAAGAUCUACGAGGGCGAGCCUGAUGAUGACGCCGGGGAGCUGCUAGACGCAGACUUCACGCUGGACCCAGACAAGCCCACUAACUUCACAAACCCAGUAUAUGCCACUCUCUACAUGGGAGGCCACAACAGCCGCAACUCUCUGGCCAGCACAGAUGAGAAGAAGGAGUUGCUAUCACGUGGAGAUGAGGAGCCCCUUGUGGACCCACUGGCAUAGACUGUCCAUCGGCCUGGAUCAUGCUAUUCCAAACACACCCCUCUUCUUGCCUUUUAAAGAAAAAACGAAACAAAAAAAAUUGAUAAAAAGUACAAGAGAAAAUUGAUAAAAAUGUGUGAACACUGUAUAAAAUGUACAAAAAUGAAGGACUACUUUUGUAUGUGAUUGCAGUAUUAUAUUUUGUUCUUUUGAGAUUCCUCUGGUCAAAAAUGAAUAACAUUUUCUAUGAGAGAUUUUUAAUUUACACUUUGUCCCUUACCCUUUACCUAAAUAGCCACUACCUCUGUGCAAAAUGAAAUGGAAACAAGAAAAUCAGAAGAAAAGAUGCUAUCAUUGGAGCAAUUUUAAUUUUUUAUUUUUGUAUGAAUUGUAUAGAAAAGAAAAAAAAACAUUGUUCCAUUUCACCAGUGCCAACUGUUUGUUGUUUGUGUUGACUUUGAGCGGGAAAGACAAAACUCAAAGUUUUCUAAACUGGUACAUAUGUUGUCUUGCUGGGUUUCUUGGCAAGGUGGUGAGGCAGAUUUGUGAUAGCACCAUUUGUGUAUAGCACAUGUAAAAUGUCAGUACCAGAUGGCAACUACAGUAUUUCCACAUAAUUUUUUUUCUCAGAGAACAAUGUUCAUGAAAUGAUUGUGUUGUCUUCCUUGCACAGAAUAUCUUAUUUUACGGUAUAGUGUAUACUGCAGGCUUUAUACCGUAAGAUAUAAAGCAGGUGUGUUUGUUUUUAUCACAUUGUAUGACAGUUGGAGGUCAUGCGUAGCUGAAAUGAGAGGAUGAGAGGCGUUUUGAUGUGCGUUUAUGGAGUUGGAGAACAAGGAAGUUGAUCAUAGGCUAAACAUUCCAGGCAAAGUGGGGGACAGAGAUGUAAAGAGAUGGUAAGGAUGAAUGCCUUCAUGGUUGGGCAGCUGGCUGUGUGCACAGCCGGCUAAUAAUGGGAGAAAUGGGAGGGUCAUAGCAGAAACACAACUUUAGCGGAUAGUGUCAUGUCUGCACCAUUUAGCUGUCUGUUACAAGGGUCUUCCCUCAGAAGGAAAGGGAGGCUGAAAUUAUGGUAAAAUGGAAGAAAACGAUUGAGAUGGGUCUUUUGCUUGUCUAUUUCUCCAGUCCAUUUUUUUUUCUUUUUUGUAACAACCAGAUAGCGUCUGUCUGGCUUUGUGAGUAGAUUUACCUUUCUAUCUUUAGAAGAAUCAAAGUCUGUGUGUUCACAGUUUUGUAAUGACUUAAUAGUAACUGCAUUAUGUCCAUUUGGUCCUCAGCAUUUCUCUGUUUUUAAUGAGCUCUUUCUGAUCUCUCACUCUCUGCCCUGCUGCUGCUAAUGCUACCAUUCUGGUCGCUCUGACACGUCCUUACACUCAGCCUCUGUCCCAAAAAUGCUGCUUCUGUCAGAAAUGUGUCAGCCAUAUCUUAAUGCAUGUGAAAAGUAACACCGAUCUUUAAUGUAACUACAGUAACAAGUUUUUAUUUUGCUUACCUGUCAGCAAGUGUUAUUUUAUGCUGUUGUAUAUGUUUUGUCUUUAAUUGAGAGAGAAGUACAAUCAUUUUACCUAAGGAACAUUUUUGCAAAAUCAUACAUGCAUUUUCAGAAUUGUUUUUUUUUUUUUUUUUUUUGAUUAGUCCUUUUUUUUUGUAAUGAAAAAUGACACAUAGCUUUUAUAGUACACAAUGCAUGGAGGCUCAGACUUUCUUCUGGAAAGAGAAUAAUGUUUAAUUUUUGCUGGAAUACUUUACAAACUAAAUAACAGAUAUUGUUAUAAAUAAAAUUUUAAAAAUUGUACAGAAAA